AUGAGGGAACUUAAUAUAGGAGUAGCUGCAAUCUCUGAACCACCAUUCAUAGCAAAUCGAGCAAAUUGGUUUCGCAGCAGGAAUGGACUCGCAAUGGUCUUCCAUGACACUAGGUUCACCGGUGCCUCGCCAGUUCUGGCGUUUCAAGGCAACAAUGUGGUAGCAGUUAGGAUGGGAGAGAUCGACCUGGUGUCGUGCUAUGUUUCACCCAACAUUCCUAGAGGAGAAUUCCUGGAAUUUGUGGACGAACUCAACGACGCUCUUGCCCACUCAAGGAAUAAAAUCUUAAUAUGUGGAGAUUUUAACUCAAAAUCCAAAUCAUGGGCAACUAGUGACCUAAGACUGCUUAACACCGGGAAGGAUCCCACUUGCAUCCGAGCCCAGGGCUGCUCAAUUAUUGACCUCACAUGGGCCAGCCCUGGUCUUGCAAGAUAUAUCAACUCGUGGCAAAUACUGGACCUGUCCACUCUAUCGGACCAUGUUUAUAUAGUGGUCAGGUUCGAUACUAUCAGGCAUGUCGAGAAUAAUUGGAUGAGGAAGAAAAUCCGGAGAUGGAAUUGGAAGAAGGCUGAUUGGGGAAAAUUCCAAGACUCCCUCCUAUGGAGCUGUACGAGCAACCUUUCGAACAUUGAUGUAGAGCCAGAUGUGGACAAGAUCGCCGACACACUGGAUGCUGAAAUGAAAAUGGCAUGUGACAACUCUGCCCCUAAAGCGCUUCCGCCUCAGGGCAAGAAAAGUGUUUAUUGGUGGAACGAUACUAUCGCGGAAGUCAGAGCUGACACCAAUGCGGCAUACCGCGCAUGGAAAAGACUCAGACGAACUUGCAACCCGAGCCCACAGGAGGAGGAACUAUUAAGACAGAGAUACAGGACAACACGAAAGAAGCUUAGGGCAGAAAUCAGCAAGGCCAAAACUAUUGCGUGGAAAGAGCUGCUCGAUGCAGUGGAAUCCGACCCGUGGGGCCUCCCCUAUAGACUUGUUCUUAACAAGCUUAAGAGCUCGUCCUGCAACAUCCUUGAAAAUCUGGAUAAAGACUCUAGAAGACAGUUGAUCGCUAAGUUAUUCCCGUCGGGCGAAACGCAUGACCCCUCAACGCUAUGGGAAGACUGGUCAGAUGAGGACUGGAACGAAGAUUGGUCGGUAACACCUGGAGAGGUAUUCAAGGUGUUCAAGAAAAGAGAAAUAUCUGGUAACACAUCUCCGGGUCCCGAUGGGGUCCCUGCAAAAGCUUGGAAAAAGUCCCUUCCGAAUUCUUAG